UGCCUAACAAGAUUAGCAGGGACGGGACCCUUCGCUGCAGCCACGCCGCGGCCGCCAGCACCGGUGAGAAAAGCCGUCAGGCGCUGGGUUUGCCGAGGUUUAUCCAACGGUGGAUUAUAAACUUUUAAUGGGAAAUUCUGCACGGCAUGUCCAGUGAGAUGGCAUCAGACAGCGAGGUAAAAACCCUACUGAACUUCGUCAACCUGGCCUCCAGUGAUAUCAAAGCAGCCCUGGAUAAAUCAGCUCCUUGUCGCCGGUCGGUUGACCACAGAAAAUACUUGCAAAAGCAGCUCAAGCGGUUCUCGCAGAAGUACGCUCGGACUCCUCGGUGCCAUCCCAGCAAACCCCUUGAGAGUGGCUGGCGCAGGGCAGCUGAGGACCGGGGCCGUGGUCCCCAGCCUGAGACGCCUGACCUCAGUUCCCAUGCAGGGGCUGCUGCUGAGAAGAUGCUGCAGACAUUCGAGGCAGAGGAGAGCCUCGCUGGGGAACAGGUUUUGCAGGAGCAAAAUGCAGAGGCCACCAGGCCGGACCAGGUGCCCAUGAGGAAGCGACAGCUCCCUGCCUCCUUCUGGGAAGAGCCAAGACCAGCCCAGAGUCUGCCAGCCAGGGCCUUUCCCUCUGGCCCUGAGGGGCUCCCAGCCCCCAGAGACCCUCCUUCCUAUGAGGGGAAGAAAAGCAAACAGAGCCCAGAUGCUGCCGGCCCAGAGAGCUCCCCUGAGCCUGCCCCACAUGCUGGGGAGAAGGACCCUGCUGGGGUCCUCUCAGGCCAGGUGGGUGCGUGGACCUGCUGCCCCUUCCCCUGCCCUGGGCCAGGGGUGUACCAGCCCCCAGGUGCACUUCCCCCCUCGCCCUUCCAAGGGCUGGGUCUAUGGAGGAAGAGUGCAGCCACGUUGCCCAUGGAGAUGCCGCACUUCUGCAAGGAGGCUGACGGCAUGGGGCAGAAGCUACACCGACCUGUGGUUUUGAAACCCAUCCCCACUAAGCCUACUGUUGCCCCACCAAUCUUCAAUGUUUUCAGCUAUCUUUAGCCAGGGUGCUGUUGGAGGCACGCUGAACACAACAGCUCCUGAGAAUAAAUCGAAACGCCUGGUCAGGCACCAGUUGUGAGCUGCUGGCAGCGUGGAGUGGCAGGGGGAAGGAGGCCAACAAUCUCACCCUCUUCCUCGUGGGCAGCUGGAGUGAAUUAGUAAUCGUUGUGAAGCAACUUAGACCUCCACUCUCCUCUCAGUACAUGGGUGUAAACUGGGAAUAAGUCUUACGAAGCCAGUGGCAGGGAGCAUGAGGCAAACUAGGGCUCUUUCAUUGAUGGGCAUUGUCUGAGCCACAGUGAGUGGGGCUGCGAGCCAUUCAUAGCUGCACUUGUAACACCUAGGAGAUCUCCUCCAUGUGGGAACAUCUUUCCAGGGUUGCCCUGUGGCAGUGGCAGCGAAAUGAAUUUAACCCAUUCAAAGGGGUUUUGUAUUUUAAAGUAAUUCCAGAGAAGUCAAGAUAUUCAGGUCACUUCCUUUUCUGCCCAAGAGACUGGAAGGACAUUAUUUAAUGUAGAAACUACACUUGUGAAUAGAUUUAAGGUCUUUUUGUAUGUAAAUAUGGAGAUAAUUAAAAGAAUAAGGGAAGAAAGGAGGUAAUUUUAUUUUGGUGACUCUGCAGAUGCAAUCUGUUUAUAUUUGCCCCACUGGGUAGACACAGGUUUGAUUUUGCAACUGGUGGGAGUGACAUAAAGCAAAAGUAAUUCUUCUGGGUCUGGGAAAUUACUUAAUGUUAAGCUGGUGCAGAUGGACGCAGAAUAAAUUUCCAUGUCAGGAACUGUUUUGUAUCAGCAGAACAAAUGAGAAACUGUAUUAGUUGAAUAAAAAAACAUAAAAUUUGAUAAAUGAAAAAAAGUGUAUAGAGUAGCCUGCCUUGAUUUGUGGCUCACAGACAUCUUUAUUUUGUCUGACUUCAAGAUACUAAUACAAGACCUGGCUGCAAAUGAUUUUCCUGGUAUCUUCCCAAUUAUUUUUAACAAAUUGAUGUUAGAAAAGUUAAUAGGGCAUUAAAAAAAGAUAUAUUUAUCUUAAUCCCAUAAAGAAAGUGAUUCUAAAGCACAUAGCAUGGGAUCUGAAAGAUGUAAUACUGCAGGACUAUGCCUCUAUUCAGUUAUACUGAAGUAAACUAAACCUGCUUCACUGAAUCUAAUGGGGACUUCUAGGAUUCAAUAAGAAAUGACCUUGAUUGGCUUGGUUUCUGGCUAGUAUAGCUCCCUGUGACUUUGGGUAUCUCCAUAACAGGAAAUGUCAUGAAAAAAAUAUUUUAUGCAUAAAAUUUUAAUAUUUGGAUCUCCUGAUAGGACUUGGUGCUGUAUAAUCAGGCUGCAACUUUCAGUAGGAUAUGAACUACUCUCAGGUUAAAAGUAGUUCAUUCUCUCCCCAAACCUCAGAAGUACAUCUGGUUGUAAUGUGUUAGUCUAGCAGGCCAAAAAUAGAAACAGAGAUGGCUUUUAUUGCUUUCCCUUUG